UCAGGUUUGGGCCGAUAGAAAGCAGUUUAAUAACGUUUUUCAAACAUUUUCUGGAGCCAGAGCUUCUCAACUAGCAGCCUGGUCACCUGUGCCCAGAACCCUAACUGCCGAAUAUGCGUUAAACAAGGUUAUAUGUCUUUCGAGCAUCGAGAUUCUUCCGAAUUCUAACAAUCAGAGAAUCUACAAUAAUAUGGCGAAUGAAGAAGAGUUCCGCUUGGUUCCAUUAUCCAAGAAUCUUGUGGGCAUGAAAAUUUACAACAAUUCCGAAGCGCUUAAGAGAGGCAGUGUUCUUUACCCUCGUAGUAAAGAAUCAAGAAGCUCAACCAGCUUUCAGUUUCCGUCAGGUGGCGCACCUGUGACAAAAAGCAUUGCAAUAUCUUUACGGACAUUACUAUUUGGUGGAAGCACUUAUGUUGGAAAUCAAGAGUGGAUGAAAUCACACCUGGUUUUUCGUGAGCCUGGUUCUGUGUUUGGUUAUGGUCUCGUGACAUCUAAAGGCAAUCCCGGGUCUGUGAUCAUGUGUGUACAAGCCUACAUCUUGAAACAUUUGUUGUUUAAUAAAAAAGACGCAUCUCCAGGGUCGUCGCGGGACAGAGACCCAUUACGACCAUAUAGAGAGAGACAGCAGCAAACCUUAGGGCUGGCUUUGUCCGACAUUAUCUGGCAAGCUGGAACCGAGAAUUCACGUUGUACAGUGUGUCUACCUGGAGUUGAAGCUCAUCUGGAGAGAGACCUAAACUACACUCCAGAUGGAUUUACGGAAAAGAUAAAUCUGUUCGAAUUUCAUAGAAAAGAAGAUGUGAUCUCUUUCCUUACACAAUAUUUAAAUAUGUUCCAGCACGGAACAGGAAGUGGAGUGAUGUUGCUCAUAUACAGUAUAAUCCUAUCUCGCGGUAUCACCAGUGACCGACACAGGGUACAGGAAGAUUUGAAUGGAGAGUACACCGAACUCCUGACCCCUGUAUGUGAGGCUACUCAAGCUAUCAUCACAUUGCUACUCACAGGAAAGGCUACACCUUACCUCCAUAAUGGUGUGAUACGUACCUUAGACGAGGAAAAUACGAUUAAAGAACACGUGGGUCUAAUGUCCAGAAGCGACGUUGGUUUUCUUGUAUGGAACCGAAAUGAUGAAAACUCAAAACAGUUAGGAAGUCGCUUGAAAACGCCGACUUUUCCAAUAUGGGUCACACAUACAGAAAAUAAGUACGGCGUCCUCUUUCACACACGUAGAGACCUAACACGUGAUCACCGGGCAGAGCAUCGCUUCGAUCUUCAUUAUUACAACGGUUUUCUAGUUCAUCCUGAACCAACAGUACUAACAUUAGACACGAGGUUCAACAAGCCACAAGAUGAGUACAGGAUUCCCGUGUUAGAAAGAGUCAUAUUAUCAAAAUGGCAAGGAGCCCAAGUUAGCUGGAAUGACACCACACCCUAUGUCUAGUUGUUUAAAGUUGUUACAAAGUUAACCUAAUGCCAAUCUAAUCUGGUACUUAAAGUUGUUUGUUGAAGGUUGCUAGUUCUAUAUAUAGUUUUCAAUGAUA